AUCUUCCGCCUCAUCGACUCCAACAAGGAUGGCUCAGUGACCCUGGAGGAGUUCACAACAGGGCUCUUGACAAUGAAGGGCCCGGCCAAGGCAAUCGACGUCAAGGGCAUUGUUUACGAUGUCAAGAAGGAAGCCCAGAAAACGAAGCGUCGGAUGAAGCGCAUUGAUGCACGGCUACGGGAUAUCAAGUCGCAGAUAGCUGGUCAUGUUAAUGGAGACGUGGACGGUUGA